AUGGGUGUGCUGGCCCAAGUCAGACACAAACAAGGCCUGGACAAGAAGGGCAGUGAAAAAAUACAUACCUCCGAACAUCCAGUGAAGAAAAUGUAUACCCUGCUCCUCUUGAGCUUCUCUCUUCUCGGCCUUAGAGAGGUUAGGAGUCUCAGGUGUAACACCUGCAUAUACAGUCAACAAUCAAGGUGUAUGCAAGGUGAAGGCUUUUGCCUUGCGAAAAAUGAUGAAGCAUGUGCAACCAUAUACUACUACAAGAGCAAUGAGCAUCUGUACUCAACGCACAUGUGUAAGUAUAGGUGCAAAGAGGAACAUGGCAGAAGAGGAGACUUGAUGAGGGUGACAAUGUGCUGCUACAAAAACUUAUGUAACAUUGCCUAGAAGGAGGACAAGAAUUCGAAGAGGAUCAUCCUCUCAAGACGCACAGUGAAAUAUCAAUCAAGAUGAGCAGCUUUGCUUCCUAUACAAAAUUCCACGUUGGCCUAAGAGCCCUGCGAGCA